ACUGUCACCGGACGGGUCUGCGCGAAAGCAGAACGGAGUUUUUCCUCCUUGGCUGGGCGGUGGGAGGAGGUGGUGGCGGUGGACGGUGCUUGGCAGAGGAUAACUGUGAUUGAAGCCGCCGGGGGGGACCUGGAGCUCGGUGUGCUGCCGCUGCUGUAAGCCCGCACAGCAUUAACAUGGAGCUCGAGAACAUCGUGGCCAACACUGUGCUGCUCAAAGCACGGGAAGGAGGGGGCGGGAACAGAAAAGGAAAGAGCAAGAAGUGGAAGCAGAUGCUGCAGUUCCCACACAUAAGUUUGUGCGAGGAGCUUCGACAAACCAUAGAUCUGUGUAACGAUGACCUCGCUUGCCUCCGUGUCUCUGCAGAGAAGGACUACAGCAGCCUCUGCGAGCGGCAGCCAAUCGGACGGCUGCUCUUCAGGCAGUUCUGCGAGACUCGAGCCGAGCUGAAGCGCUGCGUCAAGUUCCUGGACGCCGUGGCGGAUUACGAGGUGACACCAGAUGAGAAGAGGAAGGAGUGCGGACAGGAGCUCAUCGAAAAAUACUUCAACCCAAAGUCAGAGGACCACGUGCCUGAGGUGGAGGAGGCCAUGAUGGCUCAGUGCACAGAGAGGCUGCAGCAGGAGGCCUGCAAAGACCUCUUCAAGGACUGUACCAAACUGAUCCACGACUACCUGAGCAUGGCGCCCUUCGCAGACUACCUCGACAGCAUGUACUACAACAGGUUCCUCCAGUGGAAAUGGCUGGAGAGGCAACCAGUGACGAAAAAUACAUUCAGACAGUACAGAGUUUUAGGAAAAGGUGGUUUUGGAGAGGUGUGUGCCUGUCAGGUACGAGCCACGGGGAAAAUGUACGCCUGCAAGAAGCUGGAGAAGAAGAGGAUAAAGAAGAGGAAAGGAGAGUCUAUGGCCCUCAACGAGAAGCAGAUCCUGGAGAAAGUCAACAGCAGAUUUGUAGUGAGUUUAGCGUACGCCUACGAGACCAAGGACGCCCUGUGCCUCGUGCUGACUCUCAUGAACGGCGGCGAUUUAAAGUUUCACAUCUAUCACAUGGGUGACGCGGGUUUCGAUGAGAAGAGAGCCAUCUUCUACACCGCGGAGAUCUGCUGCGGCCUGGAGGACCUCCACCGGGAGCGGAUCGUCUACAGGGACCUAAAGCCAGAAAACAUCCUGCUGGACGACCACGGUCACAUCAGGAUAUCAGACCUGGGUCUAGCGGUUCAUGUGCCAGAGGGAGAAACCAUCAAAGGACGAGUGGGAACAGUGGGAUACAUGUCUCCAGAGGUGGUGAAAAACGAGCGGUACACCCUCAGCCCUGACUGGUGGGCGCUGGGCUGCCUGCUGUACGAGAUGAUCGAGGGCCAGUCGCCUUUCCAGCAGAGGAAGAAGAAGAUCAAGAGGGAGGAAGUGGAGCGGCUGGUGAGGGAGGUGGAGGAGGAAUAUUCCAGCAAGUUCUCCGAGGACGCCAAGUCCCUCUGUAAAAUGCUGCUGGCCAAAGAUCCCACCGAGAGGCUGGGCUGCCUGGGGGGCGGAGCCACUGAGGUCAAAGCUCAUCCCAUCUUCCGCUCCAUCAACUUCAAACGGCUGGAGGCCGGCAUGCUGCAGACACCCUUCAUCCCUGAUCCUCAGGCCAUCUACUGUAAAGACGUGUUGGACAUCGAGCAGUUCUCCACAGUUAAAGGGGUGGAGCUGGAGCCCAAGGACGAGUCUUUCUACAGUAAAGUGUCCACGGGCAGCGUUUCCAUUCCCUGGCAAAACGAGAUGAUCGAGACAGAGUGUUUCACAGAGCUCAACGUUUUCUACCAGGACGGGGCGGUUCCUCCUGACCUGGACUGGAGAGGACAGCCGUCUCCGACACCCAAACAGGGACUCCUGCAGCGACUGUUCGGCAGAAAUGAGUGCUGUGGUAACUGCAGCGACAGUGACGAGGAGCCCACCAGGCUGUGACAAACCACACACAUACCAUCUGAUUUGUUUACAACUUUUGCACAUUUGUAUUUUUACGGUAGUCCUAUCUAAAUGUCAGAAUGUAAAUUUUCAUCAUAGCCAUAAUGUUUAAUGUUAUUUAAAAGUGUGAAAUAUCUGCUGUUUCAAAUCAGGAGGCGGAGACAGAAAACGAACUCUGGUUUUUUUGGUUUUUUGCCUUUUAUUUUUAGUUUGUUGUUGUCAUUUGUCCAGGGAAGACUUUGCUUUUGUUUUCAUCCACUCACACACUGAACUGAGGGCUGCUUCUGGCUGCGAAGCAGCUCCACUGGAACAAGCGCCUGCUGUAGAAGUGCCUUGCUUGAGGGCACUGUGAAGUGAGGACCGAACAUUCCUCCAUGUCUUUGUCCAGGGAAACUUUCAGCCUGUGAACUGUGACCACUUCUUCUGCCCUCCAUCCUGCUGAGAUGAACCUCACCGCUUUUUUAUUCUCUUGUUUGCGAGCUGGGACAUUCAGGGUUUGAACAUUUGGGUUUUUUUCAGAAUUUUCCGAUGGAUUUCAUGAGACAAUCGACUCCUCGUGUGUGUCAGCGCAGCUUCAGUCACUCUUGUCAGUAAAAUAUCAGUUUUCAGAUGUGAUGGGAGAUGAGCCGUCCAGUUUUAACAGAAACUCUGAGAUAGAAAUGAUCACCCUUAAUCACUUCUGGUCACUCAGAGCUGCAUUGACCUACACACCUUAUUGUGCCUUCAUUUCACUCACUCUGGUUUAUCCUGGCGAGGUUUGGAAAGCAGCUAUGAUUACGUACUGGCUGAAAUUCAGAGCAGCAGCAACGAAGACUGUUACACCAGCUCUGGUAGUUUCCAAACUGCCACCUUUAACCCCUGAUAAUAACAACAUCAGCCCGGGUUUCGUUUACCCACCAAGACAUCUGGUUGUCCAAAGGUUUUUGUUUUUCUUCAGUGGCAUAAAUGUUGUUUCAAUCACAAGAGUCAGCAUGAAUGAAACUCAACAUGUCACAAAGAUCUACAGUGAUUGUGAUUGAUUGUCUAAAUAAAAGAUGAAAGUAUAUGACUGAAGACACAAAUCUGAAUUAGUUGGUAAAAAUCAAACUACAAAAUGAUGACACAAAUAGUUACUACUUAUUUUGUUGCAUAUCGCGAGACAAGAGAAGGCUUGUGUGAUUGUGAAGGAAACCAAAAUCAUCAUGUAGGCCAAUGACACACUGAUCUACGUGCACCGGGUCAUGUUACAAACCGGCUGUGCUGGCAGCCGGUGCAAGCUGCUUUGCAACCCCCCGCCAAACCCAGAUCCUGUCACUGAUGCUGUAGCUCCCAGACCAGACUCAUACUGCCAAAUAUAAAGCGCUGCAGAUAAAGCAAUGAGGCUUUUUUCUUUUCGUCCCAGUGUUUAGUGCUGCACACUGCGUUUCUCUCAGGGUUUCUGCUGCCUCCAGUUGCUCUGGGUUCUUUCUACUCAGUCCAGACUCUCUCAGUCACUCUGAAACUGAAACGACAAGAAUAACUGAAGCUCUGGGGUCAAACCCUGAGACGGUUGGACGGUUACAGUCAAUGGUUUUCUAUCUCUAAGCUAUUAAAAUGAAAUACCUCUGAAUGUACAGACUGGCUGCCAUGUUGUUUCUGCAGAACGACCUUUAAGACAACAGAUGCAACUAGACGCCAAAGUCUCACAAACAUCCGUUUGUUUCUGCUGUUAUGUUAAUCCUCCGUAGCGGAUGAUUUUGGAAACCCUCCUCUUGACUUACAGGCUCCAGAAUUAAAGCUGUACCAUAAAAUACGGUCACUUUUUAAGACUUUCUUCACCAAGUUUUAUAAAAGAAAACAUGAUUUGA